UGCCAGCUCAAGCAAGGCCUGGUCUGAGCAUUCGUAGGUUUAAAUCAUCACCGAAAAGGAUGAAUUUAUGGAUUCAUUUACAGGCAAAUCUUCAUCCUGGUGAAGUCGGUCAUCGGUGGAACCUGGGUGGCUACAAGUGAUGUGCUCGUUUUACCAAGAAACCUGCUGCAGAUGUUUAUGGGCUGCUCCGAAGCAUAUCAUCGCUGCCUUGCUGUACCGACGGUAUUUCUUGCCAUGCAGUUCUCAUUCAUCUGUUGCAGGUUGUGUUGUAACGAUUGGGGUUGUUAUUUCUGGUUGCAGAUGAGGAACCUGGGUUGGGGGGAUGUGACUUCUGCAGAGAGACUCAAUGAAUCAUAAACCAAACCGUGAGCUGAACCCCGACUGAGGGCUGCAGACGCGUCGGUGUGGUUUCCAGUAGGAGCAGGGCUCGGGUACCGAUUUCCCCAUGAAAAAUGCAGACCGUCCCACGCAGAAGUGGACUCCGGUCACAUGCCUCUUUUUCACGCUUUAACGAUGAAGGUAGAGCAAAGCUAGCAGCUAACUGCAGAUCACAGGGCGGGUGUCCUUGCCGUUUGAUCCCGUUGAGCCGACUGAGGGGCGGACGAACCCCUGUGUUGGUCUCUGCGUGGCCCUUUGGGAGCCUUUGCUGAGCCCCUGGAAGGCGCGUGGGUGCUGAGGCCCCUUCCUCGGAGCGGGGCCCCCUCAGCUACCUGCUCCCGUCCUGAAAAUCCCCCGCGGAGACACGGAACCGACAACAAGACGUGCAAAGGGAGGCCGUGGCGGCGGCGGCCCGGGGCUCCCCCGCGCUGCCCGGGGCGCGGACCCGCCCUGCUGCCGGCGCUCGCCGGGGGCGGGGAGCGGCGGCCGGCGGAGCGGAGCGGAGCGGGGCCGGGGCCGGGGCCGGGGCCGGGGCUCCUGCGGCAGCGGCGGGCGAGCAGCGAGAGCGGCGGCAGCCUCCCCUGAAGCAAGAUGACGACAGCCGCACCACUGAUCAAUAAUACUGAGUUCCCAGUAAAUGUGACCACAAAGUCUCAAGGACAAAGUCUCUAUCAAAGUUCUGGAGCAAUAGUUGCUGCCAUCGUAGUAGGAGUGAUUAUUAUUUUUACAGUGGUUCUGCUCAUAUUGAAAACAUACAACAGACACAUGAGAGUGAAGCGAGAGCUGGAACCCAAAAGCACCAAAACCACAAUUUCGCCUGCUUUCGGGCAGCACGGCAGCAGCGUUACUCAGCAGCCUACGGUGACGUUCGUACCUGUGGACGUCCACCUGCAGAACAGGUAACUGUGAAGGCCCAUCCUGCCCGUGAGAGAAAGGAGCUGCAAUCCCAAUCCACACGGACCUGGGACUCCUCAGCAAGGCAGCACUGCGUUUGGGACGGUGUCUAGCUGUUGUUUUGCCUAUCGAGUGUAAUUAGUCCUGCUUUCUCUCUUUGGGAGGAAAAAUAAAAGGCCUGGAUCAUUUUUGUAUGGCUGAGAUCAGCUGGUGGAGGCAUGCAAAUCACCAGGAAUGUGAAGAGCCUUUUUACAGAGCUCUGAGUAUGGAACGACCAAAUAAACCAAGCCCGUUUCUGCUGGAAGAAAAGAUGCACGCUCACAUUUCGUGAAGCCCUUGCUUACUCAUACAGUUUGAGCUUUUUCCUUCCUGCAGUGACUGAUGACAACCAGGAAGAAAAAUUGCAACUCUGGUUGAACCUGGGUUUGUGAAGAUUUAUGUGAAACAAGUUUGUAGUCUAUUUUAUACAUGGUGGAUAAUAUGUGAAUUAUCAAAACUGUAUUUAUCUUUACUCAUCUUUCCUGUUUCCAAUACCAUAUAUGUAUGGUUUUAGAUAAAAAAAGCUACUUUGUAUUUUGAAGAAUUUUUAAAAAGUUUCUAUAAACUUGGUAACCUACCAGUUUCCACAUGAA